GUAGAGCGCUUUGCGCGCGGCACCAAGCCCGCCGCUGAUUGGUUGCGCUGCGCGCGCUGCGGCGUGCCCGGCGCCCGCGCUGGCUUGCUCGGCCGGUAGUAGCGAUGUCCAGUCGGUAUAGGCGGGAGUCUCGCGGUUCCACUCGCGGGAAGCGCGAGUCCGAGUCGAGGAGCAGCUCGGGCCGCGUGAAGCGGGAGCGGGAGCCCGAGGCCCCGAGCUUCCGGGGCAGCCCGGUGCGCGUGAAGCGAGAGGUCGAGCCGGCGAGCGUGCGCGACGUCCCGGUGUUCCCCAUCGCGGGGGUGCGGGUGAAGCGGGAGCGCGAGGCCGACGAGGACUCGGAGCCCGAGCGGGAGGUGCGAGCAAAGAAUGGCCGUGUGGAUUCUGAGGACCGGAGGAGCCGCCACUGCCCAUACCUGGAUACUAUUAACAGGAGUGUGCUGGAUUUUGACUUUGAGAAGCUGUGUUCUAUCUCCCUCUCACAUAUCAAUGCAUAUGCCUGUCUGGUGUGUGGCAAAUACUUUCAAGGCCGGGGCUUGAAGUCUCACGCCUACAUUCACAGUGUCCAGUUUAGCCACCAUGUCUUCCUCAACCUCCACACUCUCAAGUUUUACUGCCUUCCAGACAACUAUGAGAUCAUCGAUUCCUCACUGGAGGAUAUCACGUAUGUGUUGAAGCCUACUUUCGCAAAGCAGCAGAUUGCAAACUUGGACAAGCAGGCCAAAUUGUCCCGAGCUUAUGAUGGUACCACUUACCUACCGGGUAUCGUGGGACUGAAUAACAUAAAGGCCAACGACUAUGCCAAUGCUGUUCUUCAGGCUCUGUCUAAUGUUCCUCCUCUCCGGAACUACUUCCUGGAAGAGGAUAAUUAUAAGAACAUCAAGCGCCCCCCAGGGGACAUCAUGUUCCUGCUGGUGCAGCGUUUUGGCGAGCUCAUGAGAAAGCUGUGGAACCCUCGGAAUUUCAAGGCACACGUGUCUCCCCAUGAGAUGCUUCAGGCUGUUGUCCUUUGCAGCAAGAAGACUUUUCAGAUCACCAAACAAGGGGAUGGCGUUGACUUCCUUUCUUGGUUUCUGAAUGCCCUGCAUUCUGCUCUGGGGGGCACAAAGAAGAAAAAGAAAACAAUUGUGACAGAUGUUUUCCAGGGGUCCAUGAGGAUCUUCACUAAAAAACUUCCCCAUCCUGAUUUGCCAGCAGAGGAGAAAGAGCAGCUGCUCCAUAAUGACGAGUACCAGGAGACAAUGGUGGAGUCCACGUUUAUGUACCUGACGCUGGACCUCCCAACUGCCCCGCUCUACAAGGACGAGAAGGAGCAGCUCAUCAUCCCCCAGGUGCCGCUAUUCAACAUCCUGGCCAAGUUCAACGGCAUCACAGAGAAGGAAUAUAAGACGUACAAGGAGAACUUUCUGAAGCGCUUCCAGCUCACCAAGCUGCCACCAUAUUUAAUCUUUUGUAUCAAGAGAUUCACUAAGAACAACUUCUUUGUGGAGAAGAAUCCAACUAUUGUCAACUUCCCUAUUACAAAUGUGGAUCUGAGAGAAUACUUGUCUGAAGAAGUACAAGCAGUCCACAAGAACACCACCUACGAUCUCAUCGCCAACAUCGUGCAUGACGGCAAGCCCUCCGAGGGCUCCUACCGCAUUCAUGUGCUCCAUCACGGGACUGGCAAAUGGUAUGAAUUGCAAGACCUGCAAGUGACGGACAUCCUGCCCCAGAUGAUCACACUGUCAGAGGCUUACAUUCAGAUUUGGAAAAGGAGGGAUAAUGAUGAAGUCAGCCAGCAGGGGGCGUGAAGGAGCGGUCCAGGGCAUCGGUGGGGGACAGUGAGUAAGAGUCCUGAAGCUGUCGCUGAACACAGCCUGACUGCAGGGCCCUGAGUCAGCCCUGUUCUUAUGGGUUCUGCCUACACCAGAGCACUGUAGGGACCCAUGUGCCUGGGAUGGUCCUGUGCUGUCCCAGCUGGGUUUUGAUCAGGUUAUUGUAAAUUCAUGUUUCUUUCUCCUUCCUGUCUCUCUUUUAGCUUCAGCAGGCAGAGCUUUUUUACAGAUGGAUGUAAUUUAUUUCUAAGUAGGCUGGUGUAUUGAAAGGAUAGAUAAUGUCUUACAGACAUCAGGACUUGGGAUUCUGGGAAUAAGAAUGUGAAGACAGUGACUUAAGUCGUCUAUGUAGGUAGAUGAUUCUCCUGUGCUUCAUUUCUGUGUUUUUUGAAAUGGAUUAAACAUUCUCCUGUUUUUAAACUAGCCUCUUGUUUUCUUCACUUAUACUGCUGGCUAAGGAAAAGAUUUAUUUUUCUUUAUAACCUUUACAGACUGUCUAGCGUGCAGUCUGUCAUCUGGUGGACAUCUUCCUUGUCUCCUUGUGAGUGUGUGGGUGGUGUGACAGUUGGGGUACAUGUGUCUCUGAGUAACAAAAUACUGACUAGAAAUUACAAAUUACUGUUGUGUUUAACUAGAAAACUGGAGGUGGGUGGUGGCAGGCAGCAGCUGGGUUCUGCAAGGGGACAGGAGGAAGGGAUUGGUAUGAAGGCCGCCUGCUGGAAGGAUUGGGCAGAGUGGCUUUCAGUGGGCUCAGUCAUUGACUUCUGGCACCCUGGAAGAAGUGUGAUGUUGGUGGCAGACCCAACGAUGUGGAAGGCCCGAUGUGGCAGCUGGAAGCAGACAGCCCCCAUAGCAGGCUUUCCAGACACUGCACUGCCAUUUGGCACUCUCACUUUGUGGAUGCAGCAAGGAUGUCCUUCGUUCCUUGGCCUCUUGGGGUUUCAGUAUGUCCUCUGGGAUUCUGCCCUGUGUUCAGCUACUAAAAGCUGGGAUUCAGUAGGAUAUAGUUCUCAUUCUCUUCUCACUGUUUACUCCCCGUGCGCUGUUUAAAGUGUGCUGCAGCUUUGUUUCUUACUGUUAGGGAGGUGACUCAAAACAAACCUAACCCUGAACUUGACCUUUACGGUUCCCUGCCCAUGUGA